AUGUUACUUUUCAACUUUCUAGAAUACACUGACAUCUCAGUUGAAUGUGGCACGUCUUCAAUAAGCCUGGCUAUCCAGAUCUGCCCUGCUGUCUACAGUGGCUACAACGAGUCUCUACUAAUCCUAAAUCACAGAUUCCAGAAUCCAGAGUGUAAAGGAACCUUGGAUGAAACGGCCACCCCACCUGUUCUCAGGUUCACCUUCCCCCUCAACAUUACCAACGCUUGUGGCAGUACCUUCGUGACCACCACUUCAUCUGGCACAGGGGUCUUUGCUGACUUCUCCAACAUCCAGACAGUUAACAUCAGUGGUGUGGUGCACUCCAAUGAUCCAACCACAGGGGUAGUCACCUAUAACACUUGGCUCAAAUAUUAUUAUUCCUGUGCUUACCCUCUGGAGUAUCUCAUCAACAACACCCAGGUGGAAGUGUCAGGAUCUUCCAUUGCCGUGACAGACAACAAUGGAAGCUUCAUCAGUACUUUGAGCAUGAGCCUCUUCAGUGAUGUCAACUACACUGCUCCUCUAAUCAUACCACCACUGGGCUUAGAGCUGAAGACCAACAUCUAUGUCCAGGUCCAAGCAAUCAACCUGACCAAUCAGUACAAUGUCCUCCUGGACAGAUGCUACGCUUCUAUCUCUCCUUAUCCCACCAACUCCACUUUCUUCAACCUGUUUGUCUCGUGCUCUAAGGACCAGAUGACUAUCAUGCAGCAGAACGGAGACAGUCACCAUGCACGCUUCUCCUUCCCAGCCUUCAGGUUCAUUGAACAGCAGAACCAGACAAAGUCCACCUACUACCUGCACUGUAUUACCAGACUCUGUGAUAUCAGCACCUGCAGUACCUUUAAGCAAUGUAGCAAAAGGAGGAAAAGGGAAGCCCUUUCCAAAGGUCUUUCAGAUUCAACCACUCUCUCCUCAAUUCCCAUUGUCACCAGAAAUGAGAAUUCAUUGGCAUCUAAGGAGGAAGCAGCUGUAUCCAGCAGUGACUCCAAGAUCAGUAUCGGGAUAGCUGUGGGCAUCCUCAUUCCAGCCGUCAUUGUGAUUCUAGCUGCAGCAGUUAUCCUCUACAGAAGGCUCAGGCACGUUUAAAGGGGAAAAAAAUAUCUGCAUGCACCCCUCUGCAAGCUAAACUGUUGGAUGAAAUGGUGCACGACAACCUUUUUCACAAGCCCUGUGGAGUAGAACUAAGCUCGGAGAUCUCUCUUAAUGUGUUUUUUCUCAUGUAGCAUGCUUAUAUGUGGUUUAGUGGUCUUAUGGUUGUAGUACUAGAAAUGUAAUGUAUGGACUAAUUUGAAAUGCAAAGUGAAGAGCAGUAACCUUUGCACAAAGAGAGGAUUUGCUUGUUUUAGUAGAAAUGAUGUAUUAUACGAUAAAGAGCUUAAGUGCCAUGUAGUGUAAUUAUGUGCUUUGGUUUUGAAAAGCAUAAAAAGGAACCCGCUAGUUUGUAGUGACGAUAACAAAAUUAUCAGUAAUAAUUUAUUAACUAAUUAAUUAGAGCCUUUGGAAAUAUUUCUAGACACAAAUGUACUAGUAAAAAAUUAAAGAAAGAAGAAAAUGUAAUUCAUAAAGUGUUCUGGGUUUAAAUAAGUGACACUAUUUAAAUGCUUUCUGUUACAGGCAAAAUUUGACAUUAAAAAAUGGGAUAAGUUUUGAGAGUGAAGCCACUGUUCAAUAUAUUCUUUUCAUCAGGGCAUGAGCAUGAAAGUGCCAGGGCCAAUGGUUUUUGGUAAGAUUAUUAUUGUUCUUCAGAAACCAGUGGAAAGCCCUGUACAACUUCCCCACUUGCACCAAAUGUGGCAAGUAUAUCUGUUAAUACCACGCCUCAUCGUACUGCAUCUCCUGCUGCACAUGAACUGAACAGAUCUCUCUCUCACACAAACACGCAUACACACACAAUUCAAUGGCUUUAUAAGCACUAGUGCAUUGCCCGUUCACGAGACUCUUCCCUGUGGUUUUUAGAUGCUUGUACAAAGUGUGUUUCUCACAUUGAUUUCACCUACAGCAUUAAUAGCAAAGCAUUAAUACAAUGGCAGAGAUACUGCUAGAUAUUCAGUGCUUCCUUAGAACUUCAACAAAUCUGCAUGAUUAUACAUAACUACGUUUCAACAAUUUACUACCACAUCGGAGCAUAUAAGCCCCGUCCCCGCGACACACCCCACUCUGCCCCCACAAGCUACUGUAACACUCCACUUAGCACUGUUAACUAGUAUAUGUCUCGUGUUCAGAUCGCACUAAACGCAACACUGCUCUCCCUUGGAACUGUAACAACACACCUGACACGUUUGAAGUCGACUGGAUGAAUGGUUCCUGACAUAAUUAUAAAAAGUAUAAAUAAAGUAUAAAGUAAAGUAAUCAAAAUACAAACACACACACACACAUACACAUACCCUCUAUAUUAGAUAUUACAGAGAUAAACGUUUUGACAAUAUUGUCAAAAGCAUCCAAGUCCAAAAAUAUCAAAUAUUUGGAUAAUAUAUAAACUUGUACUAUUAAAAAAAACACAUAAACAAAAACAGUAAUAUUACAAAUAACACAGCAGAUAAAAUACAGUAUAUAACA